CAAUAUAAUAAUAACGGCUACAGUUGCGAAGCUGUCGUCGAGAUCUGUGAUGUAAACACGGCAGAAAAUCCACGUUAUGUCGCUAACUGGGAAAAUGUUUGCAUCGAAGAGCACUGAUUUAGACUCUGGAAGCAUAAGUUGAACGAACAGGUUGCCAAGUGCUCUUUCCAGUGGGUUCUGAAUCGAAGAAAAUCUGCCAGUUUAUUUGAUCGUUUGGAGAAUCUCCUGCAAGAAGAUAGUGAGAAAUUGACAAAUGUAAACAGACUGGCCAAGCAACUUGUCUGUCACCUACAGGAUACACUUCAGUGACAGUGCGUGACGAUCAUGGUCUUGUGAUCCGUUGGUUGACUACCAAGCCUUAUCCUCCGCACCAAAGUUCAAAGUUUCAUGCUAUUUUUGUACUUUGCUGAUACAGUCUGUGCGCUGUUGGACCUGGCAGUUACGUGAUAUAGCAAGCAGCCAUGGAGUGUGGACCGCACGUGAAAAGCGCCCUCUGGUGUCUGUGGAGUCUUGCUGCGAUAACUGUCAUGUUACCUUGUGCUGUUAUGGGAGAUGUUAUCGUAACUACUCUCAAAAAUGUCAGCUACACAUUCUCAUCAAUGCCUGCAAAUUUUGGCGAAAGGCUUCCUAUGAUGGGGCUUCAGGGGAAACUUGUUGUUGCUGUGCCGCUGAAUGGUUGCUCCCGUCUUCAACCUCCGCCGAUGGUCAACGCAUCGGGUGUGAUUACCUACAACUACUUUGCCCUGAUUAAGCGGGGGGAGUGCAACUUUGACUUAAAGGUUUAUAACGCCCAGGAAGUUGGUUAUGCCGGUGCUAUAGUUUUCAAUAUCGACCAUGAUAAUGGCGUGUUGGCCAUGAAUGGGGACGAGUAUGGACAGGACGUGGACAUUCCCUCGGUGUUUGUGGGAGCGUCGUCGGGGGCAUCUCUGAAAAAGUACAACUACACAACAGGGAGCAAACUCGUACUGAACUCAGAUUUCACAUUCUCUUAUAACAUGUACCUCAUCCCCUUCAUCAGUAUUGUAGGCAUUUGUUUCACGCUCAUGCUGUGCUUUAUGGUUGCUAAGUACGUGCGGGACAGGAGAAGACUGAAACGGUCCAGGCUGUCCCGCACAAACCUGAAGAAGAUUCCGGUGAAGAAGUUUGUCAAAGGUGAUGAGUACGAAGUCUGCGCCAUCUGCCUGGACGACUACGAGGAUGGAGACAAGCUGCGCAUCCUCCCCUGCAAUCACGCAUUUCACUGCAAGUGUGUGGACCCUUGGCUUACCAACAACCGCCGCACCUGCCCAGUCUGCAAGCGAAAGGUGGUGCCUUCGGGCGAGCAAGACUCGGACGAUAGUGACUCUGAUGAGGACAGCACAGCCAGCCCCACCGAGCACACUCCCCUGUUGGCCAGCAGUGGCUCCGGCCACCCGGUUGGGGCCAGGGGAAGGGCCGCGGGUGGAGGCUCCGAGAGUUCCUCGGUGGCCUCGUCCCCGGAGUUGAACGGGGCAUGGGGCGGGGAGGAGCGGUCGGCCCCGGCCCCAGCCGGGGUCACCUUGGUGGACGCCUCAACUGCCAUGACCGAGAACGACAGCGACAGCAACGACGACACCAUCGACGGCAACUUGCUGGGGCGGUCCCCCAUCAACGACUUGCCACACAGUGUUGACAUCGUGACGCCCACUUUACACGCCGUGUCCAGUGACCUACUGGAGACUGACGUCAACCAGGACGUGGUUGACAACGGUGACAACAUCCCCACUGUCCUGGUGGUCAGUGAGCAUGCUGACCCUCUGGCUGAGAAGGAUAGCGCAAAUUUUGAGGUUUAAAGUUUGAUAAGCAGCUGUCCCAACGUUAAUAUCUUCUGUAGAUCUUAAUAACUUGAUAUCUUUGGAACUUUUUGCAAGGUCACUUCCACGGCACCCAUUGUUCGCUCACCAUCAAAUGUUGUGCUCAAUUCAGCAUGCGCUUUGAAUUCCAACCUGCAUGGGUUUUUAACGUUGUUUUGACCAAUUUUCAACAAUGCCCAUUUGAGACUGAUGUUGGCGACCAGAAAAAUGAUUCCAGCAUUGACCCCCAGAACUUAACACACAAGAUCGCUAACGAUUUAGGUGCUUGUUGCACUGUUGUAGCCUCCGUUCAAGCCUGCAUUAUUAGCAGCUAACACCUGUCCUUGCAGAAUACCCCCUAGGGUGUACGUAAAAUCAUUUUGAAAUUGGAUGAUUGAGGACUGAUAGGCUUAAUAAUCAAAGUUUACAACUUCUUCCAAAUGACUUCAAGUAAUUUAAGUCACUUUGUAUUUCUAGACUUUCCGUAUCUAUACACAUGAGAUAUUAUUUUCCCUGCAUGCAGGACUUAUUGUCAAACUGGAAGCUUUGAUGUCGCAUUUGAUUGGAGAACAUUUGCACUGCCAUUUCCACAGUUGGACAUGGACAAAUCUGAGGAAACACCAUUCCUGCGGGGCCAUCGCACUCGCGGGCACGUCUGUACUUGAGCGCGCGCGCGUCCACUUUUCGCAAGUCAGGACACCCUAUUGGUCAGAGAGGAAGGUAACGCUCGUAUACCAGCUGCUUGUGAACAGGAUGACCCCGCAGUAAUGGCUUCUAGUUCUUUUCGUCAGAUUUGUGUAUACAGCCAGCAAUGAAAAAUCUCAAAACAUUGAGCCAUGUAAAGCUAUCCAUCAUCAGUUGUUGCAACAAAUCAUGGCAUCCACUGUGUCUAGAUUCGAUCAGAAACCAGAAAUAUUACCUCAUUUGGAGACAUGGGUUUGUUGCAACAGAGGUACUCAAAAGUAAUCAUCCGUCAUUUAAAUCAUGGGUACUGCGAUAUUCUGCGUAAUUUUUUUUGGGGGGGGUUGCAUGUUGACAGAAGGAUAUGUAAAGUGAUGGAUGUAUUUCCUUAUUUCAAUGAUUACUGUAAUAUUUGUAAAUGUACAUAUAUGUUGUAAUAUUGUAAGCGUUCAGAAGAAAAACCACAUUUUGCAUUUUUCCUCCUGCCCUUGUUGGAAUUUUAAAUCACAUUGAAGUAACAAUAGAGAUACCUUGUCUCUUUUCAGAAGGAACUGUACGUUAUUCGUGGUUUUGGAGAAAUACACUUUUAGCAGUGAUAGUGGGUGCAAGAUUUCUGUGUAAACAGGUGUGUAGAUGUCGGACUGAUCUCGGUCAACCCAGCGCACAGAAUCUAGUCUUCAAAUCUCUUUAUAUGGUGUGGUGUUUGUUUACGGAGGGAUAGCACAAAAGGUCUACUCGUGGUGUGGCCCUUUGGAACACAAGCUCUUACCAGAAAAACAGCUGCCGUGCACAACCCCUAUAUUUUAGUAGAAUUUAAUUUACAGAUCUGUUUUGGCCCUGAAGUUUCUUUGCUCAAGGGACCCUCUCUGGACUCCUCGGGAAAAAGUGUGCAGCUUGAAUCUUGCGCUGACUGUGCCAUCUUUCAAAAUGUGACAGAGACUGGAUGGAUUGUAUGGAACUGGGACACUUAUACGAGUUUGCAUGACGCUCCGUGCUCCUUGACGAAUAGAACGGGGCAAGUUGAAGUGAUGCACAAAAUGUAUCCGGGGUACCAAGCAAAAUCAACCCCUGAUGUUGGAACAUUCAGAAAAUGUAAUGAGAAAAAAAUACCGGUUGAAAUGGUGCAAGGUAUUGAAUUUUAUUGUGUCACUGAAUUAAUUUUGUUUUAUCGGCGUCAUUUACUAGUAAUGUGUGUUAUAUUUUGCUAUUUGGGGGGGUCUACAAGAGGCUUUGUAUUGCAUCGUAUAUUGUUUUUCUUUUUCUUUUUUGUAUAAUUGUAGUGACUUGUUAUUAAUGCUGUAUAUGUAUGGCACUGAGUAAAUCACGUUUAAUGUAGGAUGCAUAAGAUUUUGGCUUGUAUUCCUGGUUUCGCUGAGCAGUUUUAUUUGCUUAGCGCCUGCUGUGGAAUUGGCCCAUGGUAUUGAUUGCAUCAAGAAGUAAGAUACCUCUUCGUUUGUCACAUAGUGGUCAGUCACGUGUACCUGUGCAAGAGUGAACAUGGUGAAUGGGGCGGGGUUGUGGUUGGUCAUGGGAGGGGGGAGUUUUGUCCCUCUGUCUCAUCUGGACAUUGCUGAUUAUUCACAAGCUUCUGGAUCAAUACAAAGUUUUCUUUUGCUGAAGUGGCGUCAUGCAGAAUGUCAAAUGGGCAAUUUCAUCCAUAUGUGGAAAUUGGUUACACCGAUUACCGACAUUGCUAGUUGUAAUCCAGUAGCGUUGAGAAAUUGUCAAGAAAUGAAAAGAGAAAUAAUGGAUAGAACCAUCACCUCUUAUUUCCACUUCAAUUUUUUUGAGAAGCCUUUGCGUAGUGAAUCAUAAGUAACAAUGAGUCGGUGAUGGCAUGACCAGUCUCCACCCUGCACCUGUUGCAUGGAAUCGCCCAAAUCCACGUUAGUCGCUAACAUGUAAUUUUACUCCUUGAAAAUGUUGGAUCUCAUCAUCUGCCAUCAUUGCAUUUUGCCUCACAAAUUUUUACCCACGGUACACUUGUAGCGGUGUAAAACACACACUAAGGAUGGCAGUCACGAUGCCUAAAUUGUUGAAUACUCUCUAUUUUUGCACAUGACUGCAUUGUUUUAAAAGUCCUCUCUUGACAGUAUCGGUUUUCGGGAACUGAUGAAUUUGUAGGUAACUGUCAUAUAAAUUGAUACAAUGGGUGCGUUCGAUUAGCUUACACGUGUAAGUCAAACUUACACGAGAGCGUUCUUUUAGCCAUCACGUGAUGU